AUGUCAAACAUGGAGAUGCAGUGUGCAAUCAAGAACAAUGUCACUGAAUUAAUUGGAAACACUCCCAUGGUUUAUUUGAACAAAGUUGUGGAAGGCUGUGUUGCUCAGAUUGCUGCCAAGUUGGAGUCAAUGGAACCUUGUUCAAGUGUCAAAGAUAGGAUAGCAUUGAGUAUGAUCGAGGAUGCUGAGGAUAAGGGUCUGAUUACACCGGGGAAGACUGUUCUUGUCGAGAGUACAAGUGGGAACACCGGAAUUGGGUUGGCCUUCAUUGCAGCGCUUAAAGGUUACAAGCUAGUUUUAGCAAUGCCAGCUUCAAUGAGUCUCGAGAGAAGAAUUUUGCUCCGCGCUUUUGGAGCUGAGCUGCAUAUCACAGAUCCCGCAAAGGGAUUUAGUGGUAGUGAUAAAAAAGCUGAGGAGUUAGGGAAGGAGAUACCGACUGCUUUUAUGUUUCGUCAAGCUGAAAAUCCUGCAAACCCAAAGAUUCACUAUGAAACUACCGGCCCUGAGAUAUGGAGAGACUCUAGAGGGAAAGUUGCUGCUCUUGUUGCAGCUGUAGGAACUGGUGGUACAAUAACAGGUGCUGGGAAAUUCCUCAAGGAGCGAAACCCGGAAAUCAAGGUCUAUGGAGUGGAACCAGCUGAAAGUGCAGUAUUGAGUGGAGGACAGCCAGGCAUGCAUCUGAUUCAGGGAAUUGGUGCUGGCUUUGUUCCUGAUGUGCUGGAUGUUAAUCUACUUGAUGAAAUUAUUCCGGUUACAAGUGAAGAAGCUAUAGAAACUGCUAAACAGUUAGCACUAAAAGAAGGUUUGCUGGUUGGGAUAUCGUCUGGAGCAGCAGCCGCAGCAGCAAUAAAACUGGGAAAGAGGCCAGAAAAUUCCGGCAAACUCAUCGCCGUGGUGUUCCCUAGUUUCGGCGAGCGAUACCUUUCUUCUGAGUUGUUUGAGUCUUACAGACAUGAGGCAGAGAAGAUGACAUUUGAUUAG